CAUCCUGUUCUACUUCCAGAAAAACCAUUCCUCAAUGUGAGCUACAAGAGAAGCCGCAUUUAUGAGGUGACAGCUGGACAAAGUAUGCUCAAAAUGGGAGUAAGAGUGGAUGCUUUCCCUCACCCCAAUAUAACCUGGUUCAAAGAUGGAAAACCACUCCUAGUAAACCAUACCAUUCAACUUGACCCUGUCAAGUACAAACUUACAAUCCUGGAAGUGAAUGUAAAGCAUGCGGGGAACUACACUUUUGCUCUGAGCAACAGCAAGCAUGGACUCUACAAAAACCUCACCAUACAACUGAUUGUCAAUGAAAAACCCAAGAUCUACGAGAAGGAUACAGAUUUGAAGAACAUUCAGCCAAUACUCCUAGGCAGUGAGAACAUCCUUCGCUGUACAGCAAGUGGCCUGCCUGUGCCCUCCUUUAUGUGGGCCUGGGAGCCCUGCAGCCAGAAAGAUGAUCUGUGUAUGGAACGAGGCAAGCGGAUCCAGCUUUCUGAUGAGACUCUGAAAAAUUAUCUCCCUAUAGGCAACAGGAUCCUGUCCAUUGAAGAGAUGGUAGUGACAAAUGGAGAAAAAACAAAGACUCUGAGCACCCUGAAGAUAUUGACAAGCAACAUUUCUGGUAUAUACUACUGCAUAGCUAUGAACAAGGUUGGCAUUGAUGAGAGAAGCAUACAUUUCUAUGUCUCAGAUGUGACUGGCUUCAUGGAGGCAGAACCCCUGGUCUCAACAAUUGAGGGCUAUGAUGCUCGGCUCAAAUGCAAGGCAGCUAAAUAUAUCUACACUCAGCUCGCUUGGUUCAACCCCUUUGGAGAGAAGAUUCCUGUUAUAUACACAGAAAGCUUAAAAAAUAACUACUCCAUCUCUUUGACACUGGUGAUUAAGAAUGUGACCCAGAAGGAUAAAGGGCAGUAUAAGUGCAAGGCUUGGACUCAGAGGAACAUCACCAAGAUAAUGCAACAUAACACUCAGCUCUUAAUUAGAGAAAAAGUUGCUCCAUUCGUUAUUGAGAAUCUUACCAAUAUUGAGGUUAACAGCAGUGGAAAGAUUUUGCUGGAUUGCAAAGUGAGUGGAACACCACAGCCUAACAUCCACUGGUUGAAAAAUGGGGUUCCUAUUAUUCCUGCUUCAGGAAUCUUCUUUAAGAACAACAGCCUUAUUAUUGAGCGAGCCAAAAAAGAAGAUGAGGGCUUCUAUCUGUGCAAAGCAACCAAUGAGUUGGGGGAAGUCAGCACAGCAGCUCUUAUCACUGUGGAAGGCUCUGAAGACAAAUCCAAUAUUGAAGUCAUUAUUCUUGUUUGUACUGGCCUUGCAGCUACUCUUUUCUGGCUUCUUCUCACCCUGGUCAUUCGAAAACUCCGAAAGCCUAGUGUGUCAGAAAUAAAAACUGGUUACCUUUCCAUCAUCAUGGAUCCUGAAGAGAUGCCCCUUGACCAACAGUGUGACAGGCUUCCUUAUGAUGACACUAAAUGGGAAUUCCCUAGGGACCGGUUACAAUUAGGCAAAAUUCUUGGUCAUGGUGCCUAUGGUAAAGUGGUAGAGGCUUGUGCGUUUGGCAUUGACAGAGCUUCAACUUGCAAAACAGUGGCAGUGAAAAUGCUGAAAGAUUGUGCAACUUCCAGUGAGUUUAAGGCUUUGAUGUCAGAAUUGAAGAUCCUCAUUCACAUUGGUCACCACCUCAAUGUGGUUAACUUGCUGGGUGCCUGCACCAAACCUGGAGGUCCUCUGAUGGUCAUUGUAGAAUUCUGCAAAUAUGGAAAUCUGGCCAACUUUCUGAGAGGGAAGAGAGGAGAUUUUAUUGCUUCCAAGGUCCUUCUCAAUCUGGAUAAAAAGGGGAAGACUUCUCAUGAUUCUGACUGUAAGCCCACCCAGCUGAUUAACCACCGUCUGGAGAGUGUGACUAGCACAGGAAGUUCCACCAGCUCUGGUUUCAUUGAGGACAAGAGCUAUAGUGAAUCUGACGAGGAGGAAGAAAGUAGCCGCCACCUUCUGGGGGCCACAAUAACCCACCGAAUAGAUUCAAAUAAUCUCGACAAGCACCCCCUCACCUUGGAGGACCUGAUCUGCUAUAGCUUCCAAGUGGCCAAAGGCAUGGAGUUCCUUGCUUCCAGAAAAUGCAUUCAUCGGGACUUGGCCGCUCGGAACAUCCUUCUAGCUGAUAAUAACAUUGUGAAGAUCUGUGACUUUGGUUUGGCCAGAGACAUCUACAAAGACCCCGACUAUGUCUGGAAAGGAGAUGCAAGACUCCCCCUUAAGUGGAUGGCACCUGAAGCCAUUUUUGACAAGGUUUAUACUACUCAGAGUGAUGUGUGGUCAUUUGGCGUCUUGCUGUGGGAAAUAUUCUCUCUGGGUGCCUCACCAUACCCAGGAGUGCAAAUAGAUGAAGAAUUCUGUCGUCAGCUUAAAGAGGGGACACGAAUGAAAUCUCCUGAAUAUUCCACUCCUGAAAUCUACCAGACUAUGCUUGACUGCUGGCAUAGUGUGUGCACCCUGAGACCCAACUUCUCUGACCUGGUCGGGCGUCUUGGAGAUCUCCUUCAGGCCAGUGUUCAACAGGAUGGAAAAGACUACAUACCCCUCAAUGGCACUGGUGGAGCACCCACAUUCAUGGCCCUGGAUCCUGUACAAGAGACCAUAAGUAAUAAUAUCAUAAUGGAAGCCAGCAUUGAAUCCCAGAAGGACCCACUGAUUGGAUCAUUUGAUGAGAUAAGGGUGGCCAAGAAAAAUGAGGAAGCUGUAUUUAAGGACUUUGAAGGAGAUUAUGCAACUGUGCUGAAUUGGAAUGAGAUCAAGACCCAGAAGCACCUGGAAAAUCACUUCUGGCCACAUGGGAUGAUGACCAUAGACCUGAAUACUGUCAUCAAGAACCAGGAGUCCCUUCAGAGUGAGACUGAGAUGGAGCUUAUGGAAUACCAUUCAGCCUUUGAGCUUGAAGAGGAAGACCAGAUUAAAGAGACUUCCCUUCUGCCACUGGAUUCUACCCUCGAAUGCCACAGUCCACCACCCGACUAUAACUCCGUGGUCCACUACAGCACUGUAUCCAUUUAACCUACUACCAGUGCCCUUUGCCACCCCUUUCAAACUACUCCUUUUUUGCCUCAGAAAUCACUAAUUCUUUUCACUUUAUAUCAUGGUAACAGAAUUACUAACUUGGGACUGGAGAAUGAAAAAAGAGCACCUUGGCAGAUAAUCUUGAUUCUUCACAAUUUUGGGGGGCACAGCUGGCCCAAGCAAGGUCCCCAGGCCUGAUAGAGAGACAACAUGAUGUUCAGUGCCAUUUAUCUUCCUAUUAAACACCAAUGACUGUAGUUGGGUGUGUAAAGCCCUACAAUAGCACCUUUAGUAGUUCCAUAUGCAUGCCCCCUUCAACUUAGCCCGUUAUACUUUCAUGAGGGCCACUAGACCAGUGAUGGAGAACCUAUGACACACGUGUCAGAGGUGACACACAAACUCAUUU